AUGCGUCGUAUCGCCCAGGCCCAGGAUGAGGAGCUGAGGUGGUCGAACCUGAAAGCUAUCCUGGGAGACGAAACCACAGCGAUGACUUACAAAGAGGCUCGAGAGGCCUGGAAAUGGGCGGACAACUUUGUGCUAUCAAGUCAGAUUUUCCACGGCCUUCCUUCUGCUCACACCCGUGUAAUCCAGGACAAUGUCCUGUAUUACAAUGUCCUGUAUUACACGGGUGUGAGCAGAAGAAAGGCCGUGGAAAAUCCGCCCGAGAUGUCGUUGAGACUUGUGGUACCAACCACAAUGAUCCAAGAGGUGCUACACAACUGUCAUGACUCCAUCGAAGGAGGACACCAUGGUGUCGUCCGCUCUUACCAGAGAGUGAAACACGACUACUACUGGAUCGGUCUCUACGCAGAUGUAGAGAAACAUGUGAAAUUAUGCCUCGACUGCAGCUCACUCCAAGGCUACUCACCUGGUAAUGUGCUCGCAGAGCGACCAUUCCAGGUGGUGCCAAUGGACUUUGUGAUCCCUCUACCGAGAUCUCGUCGAGGGAACACUGCUCUGUUGUUAUGGCAGUGCUCGUUUACUGGGUUUGUGAUCGCUAAAGCGAUGUCGGACACCGAUACCCUGACUCUGGCCAAGGUGUUCGAGGAAUGUAUUUACAGACGAUUUGGUGCUCCGUCUCUUAUUCGACAUGACCGAGACCCACGCUUCAUGAGCGAUGUCUUCCAGGCCUUCGCCGAAUUAAUAAAAUCGCGGUCAAUGUCGACACUGAGCUAUCACCCACAAGCGAUUGGACAGCAAGAGCAUUCGGUCAAGACCGUGAUGCAGUCUGUCAAAGUCUACGUGGAAGACCCGUUACGGCAAGACUGGGAUGCGAUUGCCGAGCGACUAGUCUUUGCGAUCAACAACACUCAUGAUAUGACCAGGAAAAAGACACAAUUUUACUUGUUGCAAGGAUGGGAUGACCAUACGACGCUACGAGCAAUGACGACAUCUCUGAAGCGAGGUGUUGUUAAGCAGGCUGAGGCACUAGCCUGGCGACGAGAGAUUAACCACCAGCAGCAGAUUGCUCUUGAGAUGGCAAUGGAAUACCAAGCUACAGAGAAGACCCGAAACGUUAGAAUUCAUAACGAGAAGCUCAGCCGUAAAGAGCAAGCCACAAUACCAAAGAGUGCGAACUAUGACUCGUCCGACGACGACUCGGAACCGAAGUCUCUGUUUCGACCUGGAAGCCGAGUUUGGCUGCAUAUGGAGGGAAUGAAGCCAGGGCUAGUUAAAACAGUGAAGCGGGAUGGCGAAGAGUUGGCGUACGAGCUCGAGUUACCAGAUAAAAACGGGUAUCGGUUCUACCCGGUGGUGCACGUCUCUCGACUGAAGGCUGUGAACGGGCGCGAUUUAGCUCGAGAUGUUGGUGAGGAUGCGAGAUUAGACUUCGACGAAGAGCUGUUGCCGGAAGAUAGCUGGGAGCGAGAUGAAGUUGCCGGUGAAUUUGAGGUGGAAGCGAUUUUUGAUCAACAGAACGCCAAUGCCAAUCAGCACGGACAGACCCGUUGGGUUGGCUACGAGUCAACUACAUGGGAAUCGGCCCCUAACCUGUCGUGUGGAGCGCUCCUGUAUGACUACUUGCGGAACAAGAAGAGCGAGUAA